GAGGAGAGCGUCAUUGACAGGCGCUGUUUGUGAAUGACGUCAAUGCUUGGGCGCAAGAUGGCCGCGUUUGGUCUGUGAGCGCUCGUCCGACACCGGAACCGAGCGAACAUACGGAGUCUGUAGAUGCUGUGAGAGGCGAAUACACCGACAGAGACACGCGACAUCGCGACAUCGCGCCCGGAGCCGCGCGAGCAUCAUGGACGCCUCAGAGUUCAUGGACACGAUGGACCCGAGCUUAGCCGAGCUGGGCGAUGAGUUCACACUGGGAGACAUCGACGAGAUGCUGCAGUUCGUCAGUAAUCAGGUGGAUUUCCCGGAUCUCUUCGAGGAUCAGAUGGGUGGCGGAUCUGUGGCCCCCGUGAGGCCCCUCCCACAGACGGCCCCCAGCGCCAUACUGACCCCCCCUCACACACCUGUACAGGCCAGCAGCCAGACGCAGACACAGACGCAAACGCAGACACCGAUACAGACGCAGACACGCACACCGCCUCUGCUGCAGCCACGACCACAGCCAAUCACACAGGUGCAAACGUUCCCCAUGCAGACGCUGGCUGUGCAGACGCAGGCGCAGCCGCAGACGGUGAUGAUCACGCCGACCGCCACGUCGUCCCGAUUCAUCCAGAACCAGGUGAUCUGCCAGCAGAACCACGGCACGGGUUUCCAGGUCCUCCAGCCGCAGAUGCAGAGCAUUGUGACAUCACCGCAGGUCCAGCCAAUGACGAUCCAGCACCAGCGUGUGCUGACUCCUGCCGGUCAGACCAUCCAGACGCUGUCGACGACGCCCAUGCACACAAUGUCUCAACAAGUGCCUUUGUUGGUGCACCAGCCUCAGAUCCUGAAGACGGACUCUCUGGUUCUGACCACACUGAAACCGGACGGGACACAGGUUCUGUCGACCGUACAGAACCCGACGGGCAUCACGACCCUCACUGCGCCCAUCCAGACCACCGCACUGCAGGUUCCUAUGGCCGACGGCCAAUCAGAAAUGUCAAGUUGUUCCGGAAUAUCCAUCCAUUCCUUCUAUCCUAGGAGACUCUUUCAGACGCUGAUGGGCAGUAACAUUCUGACCACCGUUCCCAUGGUGAUGGGGGGUGGAGACAAGCUGCCAAUCAAGCAGCUGUCAUCGGGCACCACCCACAGUGGAGGCGGAGCCAGGGUGUCCAUGGAUCAGAGUAUGGCUGUUACCACGGGACCGGGAGGAGUCGUGAAAGAGGGCGAGCGACGCACGACGCACAACAUCAUCGAGAAGCGCUACCGCUCGUCCAUCAACGACAAGAUCCUGGAGCUGCGCGACCUCGUCAUGGGCAGCGACGCCAAGAUGCAUAAGUCUGGUGUUCUGCGCAAAGCCAUCGACUACAUCAAAUACCUGCAGCAGGUGAACCAUAAGCUCCGGCAGGAGAACCUGGCGCUGAAGAUGGCCAGCCAGAAGAACAAGUCGGUGUGCGUGUCUGAUGAUCUGGAUCUGAAGCCCGAGUCGGCCUUCAUCUCUCCUCCUCCGUCUGACUCCGGCUCCAGCUCUCCCGCUCAGCUCUCGCCCUUCUGCAUCGACUCCGAGCCGGGCAGCCCACUGCUGGAGCAUGAGCAGGUGAAGAGCGAGCCGGACUCGCCCUCAUCAGUCGGCGUGAUGGACCGCUCGCGUCUGCUGCUCUGCGCGCUCACCUUCCUGUGCCUGUCGCUCAACCCUCUGCCGUCUCUGCUGGGCGCCGAGGAGGACGGGACGGGUCUGGGUGCCGCUCACGGAUCCUCGCGCUCACUCUUCUCUCUGCCCGGACAGACGCAGAGCUUCGGGGCGUGGCUGUGGUGUGUGCUGCCGUGGUUUCUGGUGUGGCUGCUGAGCGGGGUGGGCGUGGUCUGGGGGUGUGUCCGAGUGCUGUACCUGUGGGAGCCAGUCACGCCCCUUCACUCGCCCACAUCAGUGCGCUUCUGGAGGCACCGCAAACAGGCCGACCUGCAGCUCUACCGGGGCGAUUACGCGGCCGCUGUGGCGAGUCUGCAGACGUGUCUGUCCGUCUUAUCCAGAGUCCUGCCCUCCUCCACCCUCGACAUCAUCUGCUCGCUCUCCUGGAACCUGAUUCGCUACUGCCUGCGGAGACCCGCCCCCCUUGGCUGGCUGGUGCGUCUGGUUGGAGGGCGGCACGAGGGGGAGGAGUCACAGACAAGCUCACGGGAUGCAGCACUGGUGUAUCACAAACUCAGCCAGCUGCAGCUCACAGGUAAGAUGGAGCAGCGUCCGCUGUGGGGCGUGUGUGUGUCUCUGAGUGCCGUCAAUCUGACCGAAAGCGCCGAGGGGAAGAUGUCUGUGGCUCAGCAGAUCCAGAUCUAUGUGACGGCCGCCAUCAGCCUGAGAGCAGCACUGGGGAAACAUCUCAGCUUUCUGCCGGGUUAUUUGUUAAGCUGUGCCGAGGCUCUGGCCUGUCAGUCAGACUCUAAGCCCCUCCCAUCAGAUGCUAAGCUCCUCCCAGACUGCCUGCGCUGGAUCUUCACGCCGCUGGGCCGUCAGUUUUUCCUGAGCUGUGAUUGGUCGGUGAGGUCGGAGAGCAGCGAGCAGGUUUUCACCUCUCAGAGAGAUGAAGCGGAUCCCAUCGCUCAGCUGCACCGCUGCUUCUGCGAGAAGCUCCUGGAGAGAGCCGUUCACACGCUGAUCGAGCCGCAGAGCAGCAAACACGCCGAGGACGCUGGGGAGUUCACUGGUGUGUUGGAGUUCCUGCAGCUGUUGAACAGCUGCACUGAAGACUCCGCCCCCUCGACCGCCCCUUUCCCCGCGCUGGCCAAUCAGAGCUCAACACCAGUGAGGGACCCCGUGUGCCGCUGGUGGGCGUCGGUCCUGAAGGCUGCGGUUCAUUGGCUGCAGGGUGAUGAUGCGUCGGUGAGGUCACUGCUGGCGGAGGCGGAGCGGAUGCCGCGAGCGCUUCACACGCUAGAUCACCCGCUGCCCAAGGCCGUGCUGGCGCUGUGUAAGGCCGUGCAGAUGAGCGUGUGUCCGCAGAAGGGCGAGGGGGUCGUGAGCUGCCUCGGUCACUGUCAGCGCGCCAGUGCGCACCUGCACAUCAGUGUGUGUCAGUCGCACAACAACACCUGGCUGCACAAGGGGGUGGAGCUUCUGGUCUGUGACCUCCUCCUGACUCUGAGAACCAGCCUAUGGCAGCGUGGGGGCGGGUCUAAUGGAGAGCCCGGCCCCGCCCCUGGAUCCCAACUGGCCGGAUUCCAAAGGGACCUGAGCUCUUUGCGGAAGCUCGGACAAGCCCACAGACAAGCCCAGCACAAGCUGUUCCUGCACGAGACGACGGUCAGGCUGAUGGCAGGAGCCAGUCCCACACGCACACACCAGCUGCUGCGACACCGAACACACAACUACACCACAGCAGCAGACGGAGGCGAGCGCGAGAGAGCUCAUGCCAUCCUGCUGGCGUGUCGUCACCUGCCGCUGCCGCUGCUCACGCCGCCGGGUCACCGCGCCCGACUGCUGGCCGAAGCCAAGCGCACGCUGGAGAGAGUCGGCGACCGGCGCUCGCUGCAGGACUGCCAACAGAUACUGCUGCGCCUGGGAGGAGGGACCACCAUCGCCGCCUCAUAACACACACACACACGGAUCGGAGGAAUCUCCUGUCUGCCCCACAUACCAAUCAGUUAUAUUCAGUUUAAACAGAGAGUUUAGUAGUAAAUGCGCUUGAAACAUGACAGAUUCAUGAGAUUCACACGUGUACAGAUUCAUGAAGAGAAACUGCAUAUAAUAAGUAGAAACACACACACACACACACACACACACACACACACACACACACACUCUGAAUCUGCCUGAGCUGUAUGUUAGUGAUGAUCCUGUUAAUAUUAGAUGUAUAUUAGUUUGACACACACACGGUUCAGUCAGUGUCUGAUCUAGUAAAUAAACGGUUCAUCUUUCUGCAGCUACCUCUCACACUCACACACACACACACACACACACUGUACAGAACUGUGUCUUAUAGACCAAAGUCUUAGUGCGAGACAUACAUGGAGGGUUUUAUAUAAUUAUUUCACAUGGUGACUUUAAUGCUUCAUCAUGUGUAAUUACUUAAUAUUUAGUUUCUGAUGUGUUUUUGUUAUUUUGCUUUAGUAGUUUGUCUUUAUUAUUUUAUAUAUUUGGAAAUGUGACAGCGGGACUUUUAUUAUGACAACACGUGAUGAUGAUGAUGAAUGAUGUAAUAGUCACAUCCACGGCAGAAGUGAGGGAAAAAAAGACUAUAAAAACAAGCGUGUGUAUUAUUUAGUGUUUUAAUAAUUUAAUCUAAAGGUUCUGGUUGUGUUUUAAUAUCUAACUAUAAUAACUCUCUCUCCGCAGCUCCGUCACAUUCACUCGUUCAGCUUUCACUCUUUCUUUCACGUGUUUGUCUGAAUUUCUACGUCUUUUGAAUUUUUUUUUUGUAAUAAAACUGCAGAUGCCGUUGAAGAACCA